AUGUCCAACAGCAGCUCCAUCACCCACUUCCUCCUCCCGGCAUUCACAGACACACAGGAGCUUCAGCUCUUGCACUUCUAGCUCUUCCUGGGCAUCUACCUGGCUGCCCUCCUGGGAAACGGCCUCAUCAUCACCACCAUCCCCUGUGACCACCGCCUCCACACCCCCAUGUACUUCUUCCUCCUCAGCCUCUCUGUUCUUGACCUGGGAUCCAUCUCCACCACUCUCCCCAAAUCCGUGACAAAUUCCCUGUGGGACACCACAGACAUCUCCUAUGCAGGAUGUGCGGCACAGCUCUUUCUGUUUGGCUUAUUGCUUGGAGCAGAGUUUUCCCUUCUCGCCGUCAUGGCCUAUGACCACGUUGCCACCUGCCACCCCCUGCACUACGGGACCCUCCUGGGCAGCAGAGCUUGUGUCCACAUGGCAGCAGCUGUCUGGGGCAGGGGGUUCCUCAAUGCUGCGCUGCACACAGCCAAUACAUUUUCACUCCCCCUCUGCUGGGGCAAUGCCAUUGACCAGUUCUUCUGUGAAAUCCCCCACAUCCUCAAGCUCUCCUGCUCACUUUCAGACUACUUCAGGGAAGUUGGGCUUCUUAUAUUAAGUUGUUCGUUAGCUUUUGGGUGUUUUGUUUUCAUUGUGCUGUCCUGUGUGCAGAUCUUCAGGGCCAUGCUGAGGAUCCCCUUGGAGCAGGGACAGUACAAAGCCUUUUCCAUGUGCCUCCCUCACCUGGUUGUGGUCUCCCUGUUGAUCAGCACUGGCAUGUUUGCCUACAUGAAGUCUCCCUCCAUCUCCUCCACAGUUCUAGAUCUGAUGGUGGCAGUUCUGUAUGUGGUGGUGCCUCCAGCAGUGAACCCCCUAAUCUACAGCAUGAGGAACCAGGAGCUCAAGGAUGCCCUCUGGAAACUCUUUGAAUACAAUGUACUUAAUUUUAUUAAGGUGCCCAAUGUGCAACAAGGUCUAUCUUGGAUGAUCCCAGGCAAGGGCCGCCACUGGCCCCAUCUGGAAAUGGAGGAGGACUUCACCGCUCCCCAGCACAUCGGCCACAACGCCUCCACCAGCAGGAUGAGCGCCAGCAACCUGGCCAUCUGCGCUGGGCCAAACCUGCUGAGCCCAGGCAAUGAGAACAUGCUCCUGCUGGAGGCCAUGGUGCAGGUGACUGAGAAGGUAAACGUGCUGGUGGAGUUUAUGAUUGAAAACCACUGUGAAAUCUUUGGGGAAAAGGUGGCUGGCCUUCCCUGUCUCUCCGCUGAGGAGUCGCCAGCACCCAUGGACAGAUGCACAGAGCUGCUUGUGGAAGAGGAACGUGGCCCUGCAGGGGAAGAAGACGUGGAGCAGGAGACAAAAACCUGCCUGGAGACACCACCUGCUCUGCUCAUUCUCAAGGAAGCAGGAGGGCCACAUAUGGCAGCCAGAUCAGAAAAGGCAGAGAGCCAACGGGCAGCCUCCACCAAGCUGUGCAACAACAUUGAGGACCUGCUGGUGGUGAUGGCCAACGAAAUGCGGCACCACUUCGACAGGGUGAACGUCAUCUUCACCAACAGCAUCACCGAGACAGCCCACGCCAAGAACAAUGUUCAGACCCACCUGGCCAAGGAAGAAAGGGGGAAAUCCUAUGCCCAAGGAGCCCCUCACCAAUGCCAUGCUAGAAACCGCUUCCAUGACGGGACUGUUCAUGAGAGUUUCUUACUGCUUUCCAGCCUUGUCAGCGAGGUCCACGAAAAGGAGGAGAGGAUCAAGAGCCUUCAGCAGCGGCUGAGACACACCAAGUACACCCUGCAAAUGCUGCUACAUGCCGAGUCGGUCUUGCAGCAUGACCUGGCCAUCAAAGCCAACACGCUAUUCAUUUCCCAGGAGAAGUGCAAGGGCAUUCACAAGACCUUUCCCAGCACUCUCUAG